GCUUCAUCACGAUUAUGAAUAUUUUGAGAUCGACAAAGCGGUAUGAGAAUGCAUUGGAAGUGUUUGAAGAUAUGAGGUCCUCUAAAUUACUUGAACGUUGAUUGGUGCAUUCUAAUGUGUUCGGGAACUCCGUACAUCCAUGCAUACCACCUUCAUCAACACAUUCUUUGAUCUUCGCUUUGUGAUAUUCUGCCCCUAAACCCUUUCAUCUUAAGAAUAUAUAUUUCGUAACCUUGUCUUUAUCUUUUCCAUCGUCAAAGCAACCAUCACGAUGGAAAACGAGAUCGAUCGAGCAAAGUCACCAAGACUAUCCGAAAUCCAACAGGAUGACGGUGUCUCUCGACCAACGUCGCCAAGACUAUCGUAUAUUCAACAGGAUGAUGGCGUCUUUCGACCAAAGUCACCACGAUUAUCGUAUAUCCAACAGGAUGACGGUGUCUCUCGACCAAAGUCACCACGAUUAUCGUAUAUCCAACAGGAUGACGGUGUCUCUCGACCAAAAUCACCAAGAUUAUCGUAUAUCCAACAGGAUGACGGUGUCUCUCGCCCAAAGUCACCAAGAAUAUCGUAUGUUAAACAUGAAGACGGGGUCCUUCGACCAAAGUCACCAAGGUUUUCGUACAUCAAACAUGACAAUGAUAUUGCUAACCAAGCUCAAGAGAAUGAUAAUGCUAGCCAAGUCGAGAGUCCGAUUGUCAGUCAAAAGCCACCCGUCUUUAAAAAUAAUCAAUUACCAACAUUUGACAACGAUUAUUCCGAUGAGGACAGACCGGAAGACAAACCUGAAUAUUAUGGCUUCCUAGACAAAGUUGGAGCACCAAUGCCUACACUUAUCGAAUUCAAUACGGACGAAUUUCGUAAUUGUGCGGUGUGGCUUUGUAGAAAUGUGGCAACAUUAGAGGAACAUUUGAUCCAUCCAGAUCGUUGGACAUUGUGCUUAUUGAAUCACAUAAAAGGACAUAUUGGCACCAGUUGGGCCGAUGCAUACAUUUGGCAAUUUCCAAAGACAAGACGGUUCUCAACAUUUUGGAGACGUUUCUUAGACCGGUUCACGCUUGUUCUUCCGGUCAAACAAGCAAGAGAGCAUUUGGUAUCUCUUCAAUACACAUCCAUGACGCAAUUUAUAGGAGACAUUGAAAAGGUACGAACAGCCGUUGGAAGGAUGGAAGAAGUAGAAGAGAUUGUUCGUGAAAUAAUGACUGAUAAACUUCCAGGUCAAGUCAAGAACCAAAUCACCACACGAAGGAUUAAGAAAGAUCCCAUUGAUUCACUCAUUAAGGAAAUCGAACAAAUCAAUGUCAUGUUCGAGCACGAUCAAGCAUUAUUGGCUAGUACAUAUCAGUAUUUGGACAAACGAGAAUCGAGCUACUUUCCAGCGAUCUUAUCUCCUUCUUGGUCUAACUUAGUGCCUUUUGUAUCAUCUUGACCUGCCGCUGGAUAGUCGGGAGUAAAACUUGUAUAUAUGCAUUGCCAAUGAUGCGCUCAUCCGAUCAGACGCCGCUCUAAUUACGGUACACAUCCUACGGCUAAAGGAAAAGGGGUGGGGAGAAUGUGACCGUUGUGGCGGUAUGGGGUACAAUUUUGCGAUUUCAGGACUAGAAAUGAAAGGCAAUUUCGCAGUUUCAAAAGCGCAAAAGGAGUCACCCAAAUGAAAUCAAUAAAUAUGCGGCGCCUCCAUUCUCAGAAGAAAAGGAGCUUGAUGAAGCGUUGAAGGAGAAAUUCUAUCCUAAUCUUCAUAU